CACCAGUUGUCGCGGCUCUCUCAAGUGACACUCACACGCACAAAAGAAAAGAGAGCGAGAGAGAGAGAGAGGGAGAGUCUCAUUAAGUAGUUAUUAAGUGGAUUCAUUUUUUAGAGAGAGAAAGAAAGGGGUGGCUCUUUAGAGAGGGAGAGGUUUUGGUUUGGUUAGUACUAGGAGUACCAUAAAAAUUGUUUUUGUCUUUUGAUUCACUUUAGCCGUGUUGUUGCUGUUAUUGCUGUCUUCCCAUAAUUUUCUCCAGAUUUCAACAACAACAACUCUCUCAACUGUCUGUUCAGGAGGGCUUUGACCAUUGCAUCACUAUAAGCAGUGGUAUUUGUUUCAUAACAUCUCCUGUGGUCUCCUAAAGUAUCUAGAUGGGUUCUCGGUUCCCAUCUCAUCAGCUCAGCAAUGGCCUUUAUGUAUCAGGCCGGCCUGAGCAGCCGAAGGAGAGGGCUCCAACAAUGAGCUCUGUGGCCAUGCCAUAUACUGGUGGUGAUAUCAAGAGGUCUGGAGAGUUGGGCAAAAUGUUUGAUAUUCCUGUAGAUGGCUCAAAGUCUAGGAAAUCUGGACCUAUAACUGGUGCUCCUUCAAGGACUGGGUCAUUUGGAGGAGCUGCUUCACAUUCAGGGCCAAUCAUGCCUAAUGCAGCUGCCCGGGCAGCCUAUACUACAUCAGGUGCUGUAUCAUCUGGAGGAACUGGUUCAGUUUCAUUAAAAAAAUCAAAUUCAGGACCCCUAAAUAAGCAUGGAGAGCCAGUAAAGAAGUCAUCUGGCCCUCAGUCGGGUGGAGUAACGCCUUCUGGCCGCCAAAACUCUGGUCCCAUUCCUCCUGUUCUUCCUACUACUGGUCUGAUUACAUCCGGUCCUAUAUCUUCAGGCCCACUGAACUCGUCUGGGGCACCUCGGAAGGUAUCUGGUCCUUUAGAAUCUAUGGGGUCUAUGAAAAAUCCAGGCUAUGCUGUUAUUCACAAUCAGGCAGUGACUGUUCUUAGCCAAGAUGAUGACUUUUCCUUCAGAAAGAACUUCCCAAAGCUGAUAUUGUGGUCAUUGAUUCUACUUUUUGUAAUGGGUUUCAUUGCUGGUGGUUUUAUCCUUGGAGCAGUCCAUAAUGCCAUUCUCUUAAUAGUUGUUGUCGUUCUUUUUGGUGCUGUUGCCUCUUUUUUCAUAUGGAAUACUUGUUUUGGGAGAAGAGCUAUCAUGGCUUACAUUGCACGUUACCCAGAUGCUGAGCUACGAAAUGCAAAAAAUGGGCAAUUUGUGAAAAUUUCUGGGGUGGUCACCUGUGGUAAUGUGCCCCUGGAGUCAUCUUUCCAAAGAGUUCCUAGAUGUGUAUAUACCUCCACGAGUUUGUACGAGUACAGAGGAUGGGACUCAAAAGCAGCCAACCCAACUCAUCGUCGUUUCAGUUGGGGUCUCAGAUCAUUAGAAAGGCGUGCAGUUGACUUCUACAUUUCUGAUUUUCAAUCUGGAUUGAGAGCAUUGGUUAAAACUGGCUAUGGAGCGAGGGUGACUCCUUAUGUUGACGAUUCCCUUGUCAUUGAUGCUAACCCGGGUGCUGAAGAGCUGUCUCCAGAUUUUGUCAAAUGGCUGGGAGAAAGGAAUCUUUCAAGUGAUGAUCGAAUAAUGCGAAUGAAAGAAGGGUACAUCAAAGAAGGAAGCACUGUUAGUGUAAUGGGAGUUGUUCAAAGGAAUGACAACGUGCUUAUGAUCGUCCCUCCCCCCGAACCGAUUACAACUGGGUGCCAAUGGGCCAAAUGUAUUUUUCCAGCUAGCCUCGAGGGUAUUGUUUUGAGAUGCGAAGACACUUCAAAGAAUGAUGUCAUACCUGUGUAAUAGCUUGUGCUGUAGACUCACUUUGGGAUUCCUUUUUUUUUUUUUUUUUCUCUUUUCCAUCUAAAUAUCGAUGGUGGUGGAAGUGAUAUGGAGGUGGCAUUGAUGAUUGUGAUAGACUGGUGGUGGUGUUUUCUUCUUUUCGGUUUCACUAGGUGUAUAGUUUUAAGUGUUUUCUGCCAUCUUUUUUUCAUUUUUUUUUAACCUAGGUCUUGAAGGUUGUGAUGGGGGUUGGGUUUGAUAUAUUGUAGAGAAUUUUACAUGCUUGAGGCAGCGGAUUGAGAUUAUGAUAAAUAGAAAGAAAAAUGUUGUGAGAUA